CAAAAUAGAGUUGUUUCCUUCAAGAGAGUGGAAUUGCUUACGAUUUUCGACAAUUUUGGUUGUUUACAAAUAAUUGUGAGGGUUGUUUCAACCAUGACGGAUGAGAAAAUCGUCAGUUGCACUGAGAAAGGAGAGUCGAUCGAGAAUAAUUCCAGCAAGGAAAAUCAAAGUUCUAAUGUCGAUGAGGAGAAGGAAAAAACUAAAGGAGAAGAAACCGGCGACAAGGGAAAUGGACGAAAUACUUUGAAUGGGGAUUCUAGUAAUUGUUAUUGUGGCAAAGAACGAAACCUGAAUAUCGCUGAAUUAUUGUGCGCCAGUUGCACGAGAUGGUUUCACGAGUCUUGCAUUGGCUAUCAGCUGGGAAAACUAGUUCCCUUCAUGAUGAAUUAUAUAUUCAUGUGCAAAAAUUGUUCUCCAUCUGGCCUCGAGAGCUUCAAGAAAAAUCAAGCUCAAUUUCCCCAGAUGUGCGUCACCGCAAUAGCAAAUCUACUCCAAGCAGCUCAAAAGGAGCCAGAGCAGCGGAUGCUCUUUAAUAAAGAUCGAGAUAUUAUUCCCUUCAUCGAAUUACACUGGGAAAGCAUGACCACAAUGCCGAGGAGAGUUACACAAUCUUGGCAUGCGACUAUUCAAAGGGCACUAAUGAAGGACAUUGGCACUCUAUUCACCAUGGAUGAGAAUAAUACUGAUGGCCAGUUGUUUGGAUUAACAACACCAGACCUUGUGCUUAUUAAACCCAAUUACGAAGCUAUGAUCAAAGGUGGACAUCUGAAAAUAACUGAGAUGGGAGUGCAGCAUGUUGUACCUCUAGGGAGUGGGAUCAGAGGGCGAAAUGCAAAGCGCAAAUUUCCUGGAGAAGGUGCAGGGGCUGGGCCAGGGAAAAAGGGUCGGGGCUCUGAUCUGUCCACUCCAAAAUUACCAGCUCAUGGAUAUCCUCUGGAACACCCUUUCAAUAAGGAUGGUUACAGGUAUAUCCUGGCAGAGCCUGAUCCACAUGCGCCAUUCAGACAGGAAUUCGAUGAAAGCAGUGAUUGGGCUGGCAAACCGAUCCCCGGAUGGUUGUAUCGAGCCCUGAGUCCCAGUACGGUCCUCCUAGCUCUUCAUGAUCGAGCCCCUCAGCUAAAAGUAGCAGAGGACAGACUGGCUGUCACUGGAGACAAGGGAUAUUGUAUGGUGAGGGCGACCCACAGUGUCUCCAGGGGGACUUGGUACUGGGAAGCGACGAUUGAAGAAAUGCCAGAGGGAUCGGCUACCAGACUUGGCUGGGGACAGGACUAUGCAAACCUUCAGGCUCCUCUCGGUUACGACAAGUUUGGCUACUCCUGGAGAUCCAGAAAGGGCACAAAAUUUCACGAGAGCAGGGGAAAACAUUACAGCAAUGGUUACGGCGAGGGAGACACUCUAGGAUUUCUCAUUAUCCUUCCGGAUACUUAUGACUCCUUGCACAUCCCGAAUACGUAUAAAGAUCGGCCUCUCGUUAAAUUCAAAUCUCAUCUGUAUUACGAGGAGAAAGAUCAAGUUCCUGAAGCAUUGAAGGCGCUCAGAGCCCGUCCAGGGAGUAAAAUAAUAUUUUACAAGAAUGGAAUAUCCCAGGGGGAGGCGUUUGUUGAUAUGAACAGAGGUGCAUAUUAUCCCACUGUUUCCAUCCAUAAAAGUGCCACUGUGUCCGUUAAUUUUGGGCCUAAUUUCAAAUCUCCACCACAAGAUGUCACAUUUCGAGGGAUGUAUGAUAAGGCUGAGGAAGCGAUGACCGAACAGUCCAUGGCAGACAUGCUUUAUCUGAACGAAAACGAGGGAAAACUCAGACUGGACUCAUACUCUUUAUGACAUUAAUGAAAAUUUUUAU